CUCUUCCUGCCGUCCAUGGCGUUUGCCUGCUUCGCCAAAGCCUUCGGGGGAGCCUACAUGAAGAGCGCCAUCACCCAGAUCGAGCGGCGCUUCGACAUCCCCAGCUCCCAUUCAGGGGCCAUCGAUGGCAGCUUUGAAAUGGGUAACCUGCUGGUGAUCGCCUUCGUGAGCUACUUCGGAUCAAAGUUCCACCGCCCCAGGCUGAUCGGUGCCGGCUGCCUGGUGAUGGCUGCUGGGAGCUUCAUCACCGCCCUGCCGCACUUCUUCCAGGACCUCUACAAGUAUGAGACGAGCGUAUCUGUCGGCACCGGUUCCAACAAAUCUCUGCACAUCCUUCCCUGUGUGAGCAACAGCAGCCUGUCUGGGGCGGACGGGGCACCUGACAUCGAGGCUAUAAAAGCUUGUGAAAAAGCGAUCGGGUCCUCCAUGUGGAUUUAUGUCUUCCUGGGAAACAUGCUCCGCGGAAUCGGAGAGACUCCCAUCAUGCCGCUGGGUUUGUCGUAUCUCGAUGACUUCGCCAGUGAAGAAAACACUCCUUUCUACAUCGCCAUCGUCCAGACUGUGGGAAUCAUCGGUCCAAUCGGCGGGUUCCUGCUCGGAUCCUACCUCUCCAAGAUCUACGUGGACGUUGGAUUUGUGGACUUGGAUGAAGUCACCAUCACCUAUAAGGACUCUCGCUGGGUGGGAGCCUGGUGGCUCGGCUUCAUCGUCACCGGCCUGAUCAUCACCCUCUCCAGCAUCCCGUUCUGGUUCCUGCCCAAGUCCAUAAGGAAGGAAGGCGAAGACCGAAGGGAGAACGCUGGAAAAGGGGAAGCUGCGGUGGCCGAGCAGGAGAGCUUCCUGAGCGAGGAGAAGGAGGAGGAGAAGGAGGAGGAGCAAGUCACCUGCAUGGAGAUGGCGAAAGACAUGGGUCCGUCUCUCAAGCGGCUCUUCAGCAACAAGGUCUACAUGCUCCUGGUCCUGACGUCCCUGAUCGCUGUGAACGGCUUCAUCGGCAUGAUCACCUUCAAGCCCAAGUACAUGGAGCAGGUCUUCGGCCAGGCGUCCUCCAGGGCCAUUUUCCUCAUCGGCAUCAUGAACCUGCCGGCAGUGGCUCUGGGCAUCAUCGGUGGAGGACUGCUUCUUAAGAAGAUGAAGCUGGGAGUGGUCGGAGCUGCCAGGCUUGCCAUGACCUCCUCCAUCCUGUCCUGCUGUUUGUUGAUCCUUCAGGCUUUCAUCAGAUGCAACCAGGCGGAGGUGGCAGGCCUCACUGUGUCCUACCAAGGGGUUCCUGAGAUCUCCUUCAGCAACCAGACUCUGCUGUCGCAGUGCAACUCGGGCUGCUCCUGCUCGCUGAAGCAGUGGGACCCGGUGUGCGCUCACAACGGCAUGACGUACGUCUCCCCCUGCCUGGCCGGCUGUCAGUCCUCCAGCGGAGCCAGCAAGGACCUGGUGUACCAUAACUGCAGCUGCAUCGGUGAGCUGAUGACCCCGUCUCCGAACAUGUCUGUGGUGCUGGGUCAGUGCCCCCGCAAGGACGACUGCAACCGCAUGUUCAAGGUCUACAUGGCGCUCUCCGUCACCGGCUCCUUCAUCUCCGCCUUCGGCGGCACCUCCUCCUACAUCGUCCUCCUCCGGUCCAUCGAGGCUGACCUGAAGUCCUUCGCUCUGGGAAUGCAGACCCUGAUCGUCCGAACUCUCGGCGGGAUCCCUCCUCCCAUUUACUUUGGAGCCCUGAUCGACCAGACCUGCCUGAAGUGGGGCACCAAGCAGUGUGGGGGAGUCGGCGCGUGCCGUCUCUACGACUCCCACGCCUUCAGACUGAGAUUCAUGGGCCUGGUUUCCGGUCUCUACGUCCUGGCCAACGUGACUUGGGGCGCCCUCUACACCCAGAUCGUCAAGAAGCAGAAGCGCCUGGCCCAGGCCGACGGGGUGGCGGCCAACGGGGUGGCGUGCGACGGGGCGGCGGCCAACGGGGCGGCGGCCAACGGCCACGCCAUGAUCACCGUCGGCCUGGACGCCGACAUGAUCGAGAAGGAGAGCACCAUUUAG